GCGGCCCCGGCCCCGCCCCCGCCCCCGCCCCGCUCCCUGUUCCCAGCUGCGCUCCCGGCCCCCUUCCCGGCAGCGCAGCGCAGCGAGGGCCGCGGCGCCAGUCCCCAGGUCCCUGCGCCCCCGUGGCUGGUGCCCAGCAGUGUCGAAGCCCCAGCAGUGUGCCCGCACCAUGGCCAGUGACAACGUGCGCAGCGCCCGGGACCUAUCAACCCUCGGCUUCCAGUCUCUAGCCAUGAAGAACAUCGACCUGAAGCAGAUGGAGCUGGACUCGGCCGCAGCCAAGGUGGAUGAGCUGUCCCGCCAGCUGCAGUCCCUGUGGACGGACAGCCCGGGGCAGGCCAAGGUGGAGCGGCUCAACACCAGCUCCCAGCGCCCACAGGACCCACUGGGCAGGGCGGGGUCCCCGUCACAGCCCUAUGCCCGGAAGAGCACCUCGCUGGAGACCACUGAUGCCUUUGCUGCUGGCUACAGCCGCCCAGCCUCGCCCCGGACCUCCUUCUACUUGCCAGCCGAACCGCCUGAGCGAGCCCAGUCGCCCCGGCCCAAGGUGCUGCCCGUGCCCUAUGAGCCGCACACCCUGCCCAGCCCAGGGGGCUCUCCCCGGCUGCAGCGCCCCUACGAGUACCGGGCCUACUCCAGCUCCCCCCGCCCGGCCCCUGCCGACGCACAGAUGUUCUUCCCAGACCGCACGCCACCCCCCCGGCUGGCCCUGCCACCCCCCUACGAGAGCCACAGCCUGUACCCCACCGUGGCUAGCACCUUUGCUCCCUUCCGGGCACAAGAUGACUUGGCCAUCAGGCGAAGGCCCCAGAAGAGCUGGAAUGAGUCUGACCUCGACGUGGCCUACGAGAAGAAGCCAUCGCGCUCGGGCAGCCAUGACCGAGGCAGUGACCUGGCCGCAGGCCCCAAGCCGGGAGUCGCAGGGCUGCAGCUGGCACCCUGGAGGGAGUCCAGCCUGGAUGGGGGCAUGGGGCAGGGCAAGGAGGGCCCCUUCGCCAUGCACAGCGCCACACUGCCACGUAACUACAAGGUGUCCCUGCUGGCCAGCGAGCGCCGGGCCGACAGCUCCCUGCGCCGCCCACCCCCUGGCCACGCUGGCACCCUGCCUCGCAGCUGGCAGGUGGCCCAGCAGCCUGUGUCACGCAUCGCCAUGCCGCCCUCCGGCCCGCAGGCUGGGCUCCACCGGCGCCACAAGCCCUUGCCCCUCUCCAUGAUCUUCCGGCUGCAGAAUGCCUUCUGGAAGUACGGGGCUGCUGGCACCAAGGGGCUGUCCCCUGGCUCCCCACCCUUCCUCCGCUCACCCCUGAAGCAGCCCCAGCUUCAGCAGCCACUGUCCCCACUUGUCCAGUCGCCUCCAGCCCUGGCCCUGACCCUGGCACCAGCAGCAGGUGAAGGGAUGGGGUUGCCAGCGGUCCCUGAAGGGCCAGGGGAGCCUGUGUGCAUGGCCGCAGCGGGCAGUGAGGUGGAGCCAGAGCUGGAGACACUGCUGCAGGCUGGGGAGCCGGAGGAGGUGGCAGAGGUGCCGCGGCCCCUGAGCCCCACGCGGCUGCAGCCUGUGCUGCCGCCCGAGGCCCAGACAGUGCCUGAGUUCGAGGAGGUGGCCCGGGUGCUGGCUGAGAUGCCGCGGCCACUCAAGCGCCGUGGCUCCAUGGAGCAGAGCCCGGGCCCCGUGCUCCCACCCACCCACAAGAAGCAGUACCAGCAGAUCAUCAGCCGCCUCUUCCACCACCGCCCCCGCCGCGAGGAGCCUGUGCCCAGUGCCGACACACCCCUGGAGCCCAGCACCGUGGUCCUGGCCACCCCCAGCCCCACGCUGCCACAGCCAAGUCCGCCGGGGCCUGCGUCCCUGCCCCUCCCAGCUGCUCCGGAGAGCCCCGCCAGCCCGGAGAAGCGCUCGGUGCUGCGCAAGCUCUCGUCUCCACGGCGGCGGUUGAAGCCACGUGUGCGCAUGAAUCCCCUGGUGCUGUUGCUGGAUGCGGCACUCGCCGGUGAGCUGGAUGUGGUGCAGCAGGCGGUCAGCGAGCUGAACGAUGCAAGCCAGCCCAAUGAUGAGGGCAUCACAGCACUGCACAACGCCAUCUGUGGUGCCAACUAUGACAUCGUCGAGUUCCUCAUCAACAUUGGCGCCAACGUCAACUCCCCGGACAGCCACGGGUGGACGCCCCUGCACUGCGCUGCCUCCUGCAACGACACAGCUAUCUGCAUGGCGCUGGUCAAGCAUGGCGCUGCCAUCUUUGCCACCACUUUCAGUGACGGCAGCAUGGCCCUGGAGAAGUGCGACCCGUACCGCGAGGGUUACACUGAGUGCUUCAGCUACCUGGCUGAUGUGGAGCAGGGCAUGGGCUUGUGCAACGGCGGCGUGGUCUACGCGCUCUGGGACUACAGUGCUGAGCUGGAUGACGAGCUGUCCUUCCACGAGGGCGAGGCGGUCACUGUGCUGCAGCACAACAGCCCCGAGGAGCUCGACUGGUGGUGGGCCUCGCUCUAUGGCCACGAGGGCUACGUGCCCCGCAACUACUUUGGGCUGUUCCCCAGGGUGAGGCCACAGUGGAAAAAGGCCUGAGCCGUCGGCAGGCCCGGCCCAGGACGCAGUGGGCACUGGGUCCAGCAGCUUCCGUCCAGUCCUGGCCCAGCUGGGCUCAGCUCGCAGCCCCGUGCUGUGAACGAGGCUCCUGCAGUGUCCUGCUAGGCCUGGGAGGAGGUCUCGGCUUUGCUAGGUGUUGCGGGCUUGGGGGCCCAGCUGUAGCGACCACAGGGGAGCGGGAGGGCGGGGGCAGCCCCGGCCCGGGCGGGGGUG